AUGUCGGCACUCACCGAAGUCCUCACCGAGGAUGACUUUUCGGCGCACUUGAGCUCGCUCUCUCCAUCCGCGCUGGUUGUUCUCUACUUCCACACUCCAUGGGCCGCACCCUGCGCCCAGAUGAGCACCGUCCUUUCCGCUCUCGCCUCGCAGUACCCCGCUACAGCCCCGCCGACCAUCUCAUUUAUCAGCAUCAAUGCCGAAGAGCUAGCCGAUAUCUCAGAGGAGUACGACGUGUCUGCUGUCCCCUUUGUCGUCUGCCUGCGCAGUGGCCAGAUCCUGGAGUCCAUUAGCGGUAGCGACGCCAUCAAGGUCCGCGACGCUAUUGAGCGCCACGCUGGUCGCGGAAACGGCGCCGCCCCUGCGGACGGUGCCCACCGAGCCCAUAUCCCCCCUCCCCCUCUCUGCCACUCCUCGUGA